AUGCACUCCAUCCAAGAGAUACUACAAGCUGCUACAACUUUGUCUAGUAUACAAGGGGCAGACAAAAGAGGCCUUCUUACUUAUCGUAAGGAGCUGGAGACUGCCUUUUAUAACCUUCAGUCAUUGCUGCAACCCAACUCUUCAGGUCUUUUGCUAGAUACACCCGCCCCAUCAGACAAACUUCCAGCUCCAGAUACAUCUGCUUCGUCGGCUAUCCAUACUCAAGAAAGCAAAGUUUCCGAUUCAGUAAAGUUGAUUAUGGAGCGCCUAGAGAAAAACAAAACAAAGAUAUUAAAGUACUCCUACCAGCCAGUGGAGACCGCUGUGUUGGAAGAUACGGACGAUCCCCGCGUUAUCAGUUUUAAGCAAUCUACCAACAAGAAGGAUUCAAAGAUGUGGUUCCGAGCCGGUCUAAGCGCCUUAUCAUUGGCAGGCGAGUAUACAGAAUGGGAGAAGUCUCUCGAAUAUCCCUCAAGACUGGACGCCUUGGGUGACAACAAUCCGUUUAAUACGCAAAACGCUUGCUUUAAAGAAUAUGUUGACAGCUGUGAGCACUUAGUGGAUAAAAAGCAAGCAAAGAACACUAUUGAAUGUGGUAUCAAGUUCCUAUAUUUUCAAAGGCUGUACUCGGUGCGUUCCAAUGGCCCAUCACUUGUACUUGACACCCACCUAGACAGCCACCUUGGUGUUCUUGGGCUGCUCUUUUUUGUCGCUCGCGAAUUUAGGCGUCUCAAAUACAGUGUUCUACCAAUGCUCGCAAAUACUCUUUUAUUAUCUGAUUACUGGAGAAAGCUUGCCGAUGAAAAGAAUAAUUGGAUGGAGUUCUGCCUUCGGGAUUUUGAGAGGUCCCUUCACCAAAUCCGACAAAGAAAACGCCAAGUAUCAGAAUACCAAAACUUUGGCUAUGAAUCAGAAGCAAAUCCACAUGAUCCUAAGCGAAGGCGAUUUGAUACACCCAGUACGGAAGGCGGAGCUCAAUCCGCGUCACCACCAGCCACAGACAAUAGUAACCCUUCGGCAAUGGAUACUCCUUUAACGGAUGCAAGCCUUGUGCCUCUAGGCACAUCAUUUAACUGUGAGGAGCCUGUUAGUCAAGAAGCACUAUUGGAAUGUUCCCACAAUGCGGGGCUCUGUCAAUCAGAGAACCCAGGUUUUUUGGAACAAAUUGCAACUGAACCAUUAAAUUCCCCUGCUUUCUCGAUGGAACUAUACGAAGCGUCUCAGAUGCUACACCAGAUAGCCACGCUAGAAACGGGGUCCUUUUUAGGACAACAAUAA